AUGACUGAAAAGGACAUGGACUACUACUGGAUAAUGUUAAGGCUGGUUCAAUUUGAGUUUUUUCAUGGGCUUAUGUCCUUUUCUAGCCAUAAAACCAGAUCCAGUUUAAAAGAGAUCCAAAUUAUUGCAUAUUUAUUGUUGCUAAGCGUUGCUAACUUGACUGUGGGUCCCUAAACGUCAAUAAUUAAUGCAAAAGGGCUACCCAAGUCUUUAAAAAGCGACGACAAAGGGCCCUGACCAUGCGUCAGACAUUUGACGAGUAGGGAGUGAGACUGUGUUGGUAGAGGAGAGGUGGUGGACAAUGGGUCCAAGGUUUAAAAGAGUAAAAUAGAAUGCUAAAUGAAUAUACAUAAAGGAGAGGAAAUGCUAUUUCCCCCCAUUUUUAACCUAUUUCUAGAAUAAGUAUUAGGCUAAUGUAUUUAAAUAAAUAAAGCAGAGCCGAGAAAAAACAGGCAAGAUAACAACAAAACAAAAACAGAGAAAUGUAGGCUAUAUGUGUGUCUCUGCCUGUAUAGUGCGUGCAGGGCAUUUUGUGCAUGAGUCUGUGGUUUCUCGAAAUUCUCCCUCAAGGGUGGAGCCUGGGUAGCCUCUGAGUGGUGACUCGCACACUCUGUUACCACACGCUCAGUACAGUGCAAAUGCGCUACUGGAAACUGCACAGACGACGCGCAGAAGACUUUAAAUGGAGGGGCUUCGAUUAGUAGUCCUAUUGUUCGUAUGUACUGUCAGGACAGUCUCUGGAGAAAGCAUCGUUUCAAUUCUCGGAGAUCCCGUCGAGUUUUCAGCAACUGAAAACUGCAAGCAAAUAGGAGCCCGGCUGGUGCACCGGCUAAAAGACGACAGCGCUCGGCUGGUGGCUCAUCGAGAUGCUGCUGCCUGGAAGCCGGCACAAGGUUAUGAAGACAAGAUGAGCCCAAACGAGUCUGUCACCUUCAACAGUUCAAACAUGAACGACGAAGGGUUGUAUGAGUUAACUUGCGACAGCGAGGAUGAGACACGGAUCCAUCUUUAUGUUGUUAAAGCCUUCGAAGUAUCUCCGAUCUUGGGAGACAAUGUGAAAUUUCCUUUUCACUACGUGACCGCAGGAGAAGAUGGGAAGUAUAGGUUGGAAAGAAACGGAGAGCUUGUGUUUGAGCUGGACCUCUCCUCCGAGAAGAACAUGGGCCUAAGUGGGAAAGGUUCUGAGGGAAGAGUGUCUGUGUCACCUGAGUGGAAGUCGCAGGGAGACCUGUCGGUGACUUUGAAAGGGGUUAAACAGGAGGACGAAGGUGAUUACUUUAUCUACAUCCUGGAUAAAGACUGGAAGAAAACCCGAGGAAAGCCUGCUGCUGUGAGGAUGAGGUUCAACAAGAGGAAGCCGGACCAGACCACCUCCAAACCGCCGCCUGGAUCUGUGACGACACCGCCGAAAAACCCUGAAAAAAAUUGGACUGUCUGUAUAACAGUACCAGUGGUGUGUUUGACUGCCUGCGUACUUUCGUGUGCUGGGAUCUGUUGGUGGCUGAAAUCCCGCAAAUCAAAUGGACCUGUGAAGAUGGGACUUUUAAAAGGGAGGCACGCUGCUGGUUGACACGUUAACGGAGACCUUUCAAGGCUGGACGCAAAUGGUUAUUGAGGGUGUUUUCAAUUUCAUGAAACGGUGGUUGUGAAUACCUAAUGAAUGAAUUAUCUUAUUGCACAAUGUAAUUUUAGCCUUACCAAUAAAGUUGUUAACUCCUACUUUUAAAA